AUGAAUGCCAUCCAGCAAAAGUGCCGUCCGAAGCAUCAGGUGCUCGUCCUGAAGUGCUACCCGCGCACCACCAAGGGCGCCGUCGACGUCAAGCCCAACAGCAGUGAGCUCAGCUACCUGCUCUUCUACGCCACGAGUCGCCGGUCCAAGAUCCAGAAGAUCGGCGCCUUUCUCGAGAAGAAGACGGCGAGCGAUGUCUGGCGCAUGCGCAUUGGAAAUGUCCAGGUCACCCUCGGCAUACUCGCCGCCCUCGUGGAAAAGUCCCCCAAGGAUGUGGCCCUCAUCGCCCCCUGCGUUCUCCGCGUCCUCGAGCUCGUCCUCCGCUCCGACGACAUCACCAUGGUCGAGUCGUCGCUGCACACAUUCGAAGCCUUUUGCGAACACCACGACGCCACCUCCCUGUUCGCCGACCACGAAUAUUUCCGCCAGUACCAGUCCGUCGUUCGCUCCUACGCCCAGCUCGCCUCCCCCCGACGCGUGCCCGCCAAGGGGGGCCCCGUCAGCCGUCCCGUCCAGAUGCGCUGGCGCAACGCCGGCCUCGAAGCCGUCAGGUGCGUCGCCACCGCCGACGCCCUCUCCUCCAUCUUCGGCCGCCAGAUUGACGUCAUCGUCCCCAUGGUCCUGGAGAACCUGCCCGCCGACGACCCGGACUUCCUCGACAUCCUCCUCGACCGCGUCGAGGCCGAGGAGAGGUCCGACGCCGAGAAGCUGCCCCGUCGCAGGACCAGCGUUGUUGCCGUCAGGACCCCGGACGCCGCGGGUGAUACGAAUCCGCUAGCCCUGUCCGGCACCGCUCUCGACGUCGACAGGAUUGCCGACGAGGACAUCGGCGUCCUUGCCAUGCAGUGCCUGAAGAGCAUCUUCGUCGUCCCCAACCGAGCCCAGGUGCACGCCGCCACCGCCUCCCUGCUCGCCUUCAUCCUCCAGAGGGUGGCCGAGGGCGAGACGGUCGAGUUCGACGAGGACGCCCGCACCGACCCCCCCUGGGCCAUCAAGAUGUACGGCGUCGUCGCCCGGUGGGCCCCCGUCAGGGACCGCUACGUCAUCCUGCUGGCGUCGCUCGAAACGAUGAUGAAGACGCCUCUCGGCGAGGAUAGCCUGCGCCAGCACCUGGCCUUGACGGCCCUCAUGCAGUCGCUGCUGCAGUCCGACAUCAACCUGAUCGGCUUGAGCGUCAUGGACGUCCUCCUCAACCUCGUCAAGCAGAUCAAGAAAUUGUUCCAGCUGCACGGCGGAUCCGGCCACGACAGCCAGAGCGACGACAAGUCGGACGUCGAGAAGGAGGGCACCUCUCAUUCCCGCCGCAAGCACCUGCUCCAGGGGCUCGAGCGAUGCAUCGGCGACCUGGCCACCCACAUCUACUACGCUGAUCAGGUCACCGACAUGGUCUCCGCUCUCGUCGGCCGGCUCAAGCCGGGACGGUCCUCGAGCAUCAGCUCCAUGACCCAAGUCGACAAGCUCGAGGCUGUCGAGAACGGCGAUCCCACCUCGUCUGCGGCGCAGCUGUCCGGCAGCCAAUCACCCUCCGUCGACUCCUACUUCUCCUUCAGGGCCGGCCGAUCCUCGGCCCUGCGAGUCAUCAAAGGCAUCCUCCUCGUCGCGAACAACAGGUCGGGCGUCAACGGCAACAAGGGCCUGUCGCGCAACCGCGUCCCAAUCACCGUCUGGGACGGGACCCAGUGGCUGCUUCGAGAUCCGGAUGGCCACGUGCGGAUGGCCUACGUCGACGCCCUGUCGACCUGGUUGGAUCGGGAGACGAUGCGCGCCGACUCGAAUGUUCGCCACGAUGCACCGGUGCGCCGACGCUCGUCCGUCCUGCCCGGCCGCGAUCUUGCCACGGCGCGCCGGACCGUGUCGAGCGCCUCCAAGGGCGAGCGCAGGCCGAGGGAGCCACGGUGCCACUUCCUGCCCCUCCUGCACCUGGCCAUAUACGACAGCGCGCUGCAGUUUGUCGACUUCGACAAUGACAUCGCCCUCAUGCAUAGCCUUCUCUCCGAGCUCGUCUUCCGGCUCGGCGUCAACGCCGCCCGCUUCGGCAUCCCCAUGAUCUAUCGCCUGCAGGAGGAUGUCCAGGACUUUGAGCAGCCGAUCCACAAGGUGCGAAUCGCCGCCCUGUGCCACGCCUACUUCUGGGCCCUGAGCGAGAAGUUUGACUUUGAGUCUUCCGUCGUCGGCCGGGCGAUACACAACGAAAUCCGGAGGAGGAGGACCAAGGGCUUCUGGAUCGAAGGCUUGCACAUCCCACCGCCGACGCCCGAUCAGAUCGGACGGCCCGGCAUCGCCCGACCUCUGCCCGGAUGGGACCCGAGCACGUUGGAGAGGGAAGCGCUGCUCCCCUUCGAUGACCGGAUCUCCCUCGUCGAGUGCAUCGCCGUCAGCUACCGCGAGAGCAACCUGUCCCCGCCGGCAAGCCCAGCCGUCUCGCCUGGACGGGUGCCGAAGACGCCCGCGCUGGGGUCGAGCACGAGCCCUGCCCCCGACGCCGCUCACGCGCAGGAGCUGCCUGGCCUGUUCCGCGAGAGCAUGCUUGUCGACUGGUCGAGGGACUCGGUCCUCGCCGCCUUGGCGAAGGACAAGACGGAAUCCCUACACGGCUCGAGGCCAGGCACGACCGGGACGAACCCCAACCGAUUGACGAUCAACACGGCCGGCUUGAACGGAAACAACGCCCAUCAUCAGUCGUCACCCUACGGGAGCAUGCGCAGGACGAGGCCGCAGUCCGCUCAAGUCUAUGGGGAUCACCUCCGUCCGACGAUGAAGCCGCGCAAGGGUAGCAUGCGAAGCGGCCUCUCACCGUCGGUGUCAGCCUCCAGCCAGGCCGCCAUCGCCUCGAUAGAGCAGCUGAAGCUGAUACUCUCGGGCGAUGCGACGGCGCAGACGGCAGGCAUUCCCGGCGUCGACGACGACAGCGACGAUAGCCUCGUCAGCUUCGAGUACUGCCCGUCCGAGGUCAGCUUCCGCCCUGACGCGCAGGUUCAGCCGCCCUCUGGGGAGGAGGGGCACGGCCGGACGGCCUCGGGCUCCCUCGGGGGGCCUCUGACCUCCAACCCCACGCGCGAUACGGAGUCUGGAGUCGACAGCGUGGACGUGCCUCCGGUACCUCCCUUGCCGAAGCUGAGCACCCUCUCCACCAAGGGGGGCAUGCCGCUGGCCGACAUUUCCGUCCACAACAAUGCCUCGAGGCCGAGUAGGCGUCUGGCGAGCCGGGGCACCGACAGCCUCAAGGCGCGCUCGGUGCGAUCUCGGGACGACGGCGGCAAGGGGCUUGACCUGCAGGAGCUUCUGCGCGGCAUCGACAGCCGCUCCUGCGAGGGAAGCCUAGGAAACCUGGCAAAACCGCCGUACUGA